GCAGCUCCGUGCUGCGCUCUGAUUGGCUGGCUGCAGUGCUGUGUGGUCGUGCUGCAGUGUUUCGGUCUGUUUUUAAAUCGCCUUUUCCCGAAUUAAACUCCGUCCGGCGGCUGGACUUCAGCCCCCAGCAUGGCGGACCGAGCCGAGGACGGGGGGCAGAUCCAGAGCCUUAAACAGGAGGUGGAAGAUGGUCCGUCUGAGCAGCUCUCCUGUAAGACGGAGCUGAACCCUGUGGAGAUCCUGGAGUUUGUGUUUAACGGUGAGGAGGAGCUCAUGAAGCAGGAGGAGGAGGAUGAACUGAACACCAAACCAGCACUGGAGCCUGACUGGAGCAGCGGAGACCAGCCCGCACUGGAACCACCAGUACAGCUGAAUGGAGACGACGUCGUCGUUAAGGAGGAGGACGUUCUGGACGGCGGUGAAGACGGUCCAGAGAACCAUGAAGAUGUUCCUACAGGAAGAGAUGAUGAUGAUGAUGAUGAUGAUGAGGACGAGAGCGGAGAGGAGCAGGAACAGAGCUCGCUGAAAUCUCAUCAGUGCCCUGAAUGUGGGAAAACCUUCCGGUUUGCCUCGGUCCUGAAAGUUCACCUGAGAACUCAUACCGGAGAGAAGCCCUUCCCCUGCUCGCAGUGCGGGAAGAGGUUCUCCUCCGUGAAGAGUCUGACGGAGCACCUGUACACUCACAGUGGAGAGAAACCUCACAGGUGCUCGGUCUGCGAGAGGGGCUUCAGAACGGCCACGAACUUAAGAGCUCACGAAAUGACUCACUCUGUCCAAAAGCCGUUCAGCUGCUCCGACUGCGGCCGGGGAUUUUCCAGGUUGAGCAACCUUAAACUCCACAUAAUGAUCCACAAAGGUGAAAGACCUUUCCCUUGCACCCAGUGCGGGAUGAGUUUCACUUCGGCUCACGUUCUAAAGAAGCACGCCUACAUACACGCCGGACCUCACCAGUGCCCUGACUGCGGGAAGGUCUUCAGCGUUUUGCCGGAGUUCAAAGCGCACCAAAGAAUUCACACAGGCGACAAUCCGCUUACCUGCGCCGAGUGCGGGAGAGGCUUUUGGAGGAAGAGGGACUUCAAGGCCCACAUGAGAAUCCACACUGGAGAACAGCCUUCCUGCACCCAGUGCGGGAAGACCUUCACCAGCACUAGCACCCUAACCCACCACCUGAAGCUUCACGCAGGACUCAAACCCCAUCAGUGCUCCCAGUGCGGGAAGAGCUUUGUGUGCCUCUCCGAGUUAAAAUUACACCAAAGAAUUCACACCGGAGAAAAGCCUUUCAGCUGCACUCAGUGCGACAAGAGUUUCACCAGUGCGGACUCUCUGAAGAGCCACAUGGUCAUUCACACGGAAGACAAACCUCACCAGUGCUCCGAGUGCGGGAAGAGUUUCAAACGUCCCUCAGAGUUGAAGGUGCACCGGAAGAUUCAUUCCGGAGAGAAGCCGCACACCUGCUCCCAGUGCGGCAAGAGCUUCCGCAGGUCCAGCGACCUUAAAAUUCACGUGAGGUUCCAUACGGGAGAAAAACCCUUCGUCUGCGGCGAGUGCGGGAAGAGAUCUGCGACAGCGGGUCACCUUCAGAUCCACAUGAGGAUGCAUUCUGGAGAGAAGCCGUACGUCUGCUCGGAGUGCGGCAAAGGCUUUGUUACGUUGUCGCAUCUCAAAUCCCACCUGUACGUCCAUACGGGGGAAAAGCCGUACCAGUGCUCCGAGUGCGGGAAGGGCUUUUCCCAGCUGAGCAACUUGAAAACACACCGCAAAACCCACCGACCAAAGUCCGAGGUGGAAGAUGGUCCGUCUGAGCAGCUCUCCUGUAAGACGGAGCUGAACCCUGUGGAGAUCCUGGAGUUUGUGUUUAAGGGUGAGGAGGAGCUCAUGAAGCAGGAGACACCACAGCUGAAUGAAGACUCUACAGUGAAGGAGGAAGACUAUGAUGAAGAUGUUAAAGCUGAGCAGGAUUCUGAACCUGUUCACACAGGCGCUGCUGAAGUGGUGAAAGAUGAGAUUAAAAAGGAAAACGAAGUUUCGGAAGAUUCUCACCUGAAAAGUCCGACAGCUGAGGCGGUGAUGGACGACGGUGGAGGAGAGCGGAUUUCCUGUUCACAGUGUGCGAAGAGUUUUAGAACCGUUUUUUCUCUGAAGCUACACCUGAAAACUCACAACAGCAAACCCUUUACUUGCUCUCAGUGUGGGCGGGGUUUCAAGUUCAAAGGUCACCUGAAAAAGCACCUGCUCACACACACUGGAGGAGACGAGGAACCCCUGGCGUGUUCCCGGUGUGGGGAGAGUUUCGAAAGCGUUUCGGAUCUCAAAAGUCAUGAAGAAACUCAUACCGAUGAAAACACACACAGUUGCUCCGAAUGCGGAAAGCGUUUCACCUCCAAAGGGUCCCUGGUUUACCACAGGAGGAUACAUACCGGGGAAAAGCCCUACCAGUGCGGCGAGUGCGGGAAGGCCUUCAGAAGUUCCUCGGUGCUCAAAGAACAUAAGCGGAUUCACACCGGAGAGAAGCCGUUCGAAUGCCCGCAGUGCGGGAAGAGCUUUAAUAAGAAAAGGCACCUGUCCAGUCACGCCGUAAUUCAUACCGGAGAAAAACCCUACCAGUGUUUUCAGUGCGGCAAGAGCUUCUCGCGGACCACUUCCCUCAAGAUCCAUCAGACGACGCACAGCGGAGAAAAGCUGUUCGUUUGCGCUCAGUGUGGGAUGAGGUUCACCACCAGAGGGUCUCUAGCGUAUCACGUGCGAAUUCAUACCGGAGAUAAACCUUACCGCUGCCGCCAGUGCGGGAAAAGUUACUCCAAACCAGGACACCUGAGGAUCCAUAUGAUGAGCCACACUGGAGAAAAGCCCUUCGCCUGUCCGCAGUGCGGGAAGAGUUUCUCGCUUCCGUGCAACCUCAGGACUCACAUGAGAGUUCAUACCGGAGAAAAGCCCUUCACCUGCGCUCAGUGCGGGAAGCAGUCUUCAACGAUACAGCUGCACAAAUCCCACAUGAUCGUCCACGACACGGAAAAGCCGUACGCUUGCGCUGAGUGCGGGAAGACUUUUUCACACUCCAGUAGCUUUAAAGCCCACCUGAGGGUCCACAGUGGAGAGAAGCCUUUCGUGUGCGAUCGCUGUGGGAAGAGUUUCAAGCACUCGAGCAGCCUUAGCGUCCACAGGAGGAUUCAUACCGGAGAGAAGCCGUUCGCCUGCCAUCGGUGCGGGAAGUGCUUUACGCAGUCGGGCUCACUCAAGCUCCACCAGAGAGAACGGUGCGGGUCAAAACCAGCUUCUCUCAGCUGAGCUCCGAGGCUGAUGUAGCUAGCACACAUUGGAAAUGUGUUAGCAUGAUGCUAACUGCAUGUCUAAAUCGUCACUCGCUUCCCUCUGACUGUAUGAUGGUGAUCAGUGUCUCUAACAGUCUUGAUACGUGGUUUCUGACACUGUAAGACUCACUGUUACCUAUAAACAUGAGCUAAAGUGUGUUAGCGUUGUUUACUAUCCGGUGUGGUCCAGAGGAGGAUGGGUUCCCCUUUUG